UGGGAAAAUCAAACCAUCACAAGAGAAUUCCUCCUUCUAGGAUUUGGGGAUCUCCAGACAUUUCAGCAGAUUCUUCUCUUUUUCCUAUUCCUCAUCAUUUACGUGAUGACCAUGGCUGGGAACAUCGUCAUAAUGGUCCUCGUUGUGACUGAUCAGCACCUUCACACCCCCAUGUACUUCUUUCUGGGGAAUCUGUCUUGCCUGGAGACCUGCUACACUUCAACUAUUCUGCCUAGGAUGCUUGCUAGUUUCUUGACAGGCAAAAGGACCGUCCCUGUUCAUGCCUGUAUCAUGCAGUUUUGGGUCUUUGGGUCUCUAGCAGCAACAGAAUGCUAUCUCUUUUCAGCAAUGUCUUACGAUCGCUAUGUUGCAAUAUGUAAACCCCUGCACUAUACAACCAUUAUGAAUAACAAGGUUUGCCUCUUACUAGUGGCUGCCUCUUGGAUUUGCGGGUUUGUGGAAAACACAAUACUGAUAGUCUUUGUGUUUCAGUUGACAUUCUGUGGCCACAAUGAAAUAGAGCAUUUCUUUUGUGAUUACACACCAAUCAUGCAGCUUUCCUGUACUGACCCCCACAAGGCACAGCUUGCAUUAACAGUCUUGGCAUCCGUCUGCACUUUUCCAGCAUUCAUAUUCACAAUAACAUCAUAUGUUUACAUCAUUACAGCCAUCCUGAGAAUUCCCUCAAAGAUUGGAAGGAAAAAGGCCUUCUCUACUUGUUCUUCUCACCUUGUGGUUGUUUCAGUUUUCUAUGGAACAAUCAUUAUUGUCUAUGUGCUACCCAAAACAGAAAUGCUAAAAGAUCUGAACAAACUCUUCUCUGUUUUCUACACAGUCCUGACACCUCUUGUUAACCCCCUUAUAUACAGCUUAAGGAACAAAGAGGUAAAGAUGGCUUGGAAGAGAACUCUGAGCAAAUGUAAGACUCACCUAGUAAUCCCAGACCAGAUCCAGGGGGUUCCGGAUGACAAGCAGGAUGAUAAGGUCGAACCGGAGGACCACCUGGAGCCGGAUAAACCCCUGGGAACUCCUGUUGGAUCAGAUGAAGAGAGGGACCCGAACAAGAGAAAGGAUAACCUCGAACCAACUGAACCUGUCAUUCCUCUUAAGAAGUUGGACGAUGUAAUGGAGGAUGAGGAUGAGUCAAGCGGGAGAGACACAGAGAACCCCAACAUAGCUGAGGGCCUGCAGACUGUGCAAAGCGAGAUGUGGAUCAUCUGGGGGGAGUUGGGCAACCUCAUCUAG